AUGGCGGAGCCACAACAUGAUUGGCACGAACAAGGUCGGUUCCAACCCAUGCCUAUGUUUGCAUCGUCUGAGCGCGAGGCAGGCGGCGUCGACAACACUGACACCGACAAAGGACCGGCAGGCUCUUUCGGGAAGAAUGCGCCAAGGUUAUUGUACGGGAAUACUUCUCGAUUCGGUGUGUUGAAGGGGUCUAUCGCCGCCAGGAAGGCUAACGUCGAAGCUGCUGCAACCGCGGCCAAAGCCCGGAGUUUCCAAACCGAAGCCUCCACCUCUGAAAUUGAGCAAAAUGCAACGUUACGCAAGGACCGGACCAGCGGAGAAGCGGAAAGGGUUGCCACCACCACUACUACCGAUAUCGCUCCUGUCACCGUAACAGCAAGGUUCACCAACCAUCUGGACGACAGCCACGCUGUAGGGCCUGCAGAGGAGACCGGUGUACACUUCAAUGGUACAAUCACGUCAAACCAUAGAGAACACGGCGACGGGAAGCAAGCCAACCUCGAGGAGCUGGGUUCGAUGGGCUCCUUCUACGAGCUCCCCAAGGUCUCCAGCGCAGCCGAUCUCAUUCGCACCGCUUCCCACGACAAGAGCUCCCACAGCUUGUCGCAAGCGCGGGGGCUCCGGCAAGCGAAUGUCCCGACCGCAUACUCCGACGUUGCAAGCACCGGGUACUUCCGCCCGAGCGACCGCAUAGGACGGCUGUACACAUCGACAGCGGCAGCGCUGACGUCGACUUCGGCCCAACUGGUAGCAAAGGCGGCCGCUACCCUUGCCGUUGCCGCUGGGGCCCCGGCAGGGAGCGGAGGCGGAGGGAUCGGGGUUGUCGGCGGUGGCGGCGCUAGCAACAAGACUCGCAACGCCGGAGCCGGUGGAAAGCUAGUCACGGCGCCGUUCGCGGCAGAGUCCCGCGAAAUCCUCCAGGCUCUGGCCCUCCAGCCCGCUUCCUCGCGUGAAAAGCUCAGUGCGACCUUGUCGCUCGGGAGGUCUUCUGCAGGAGAUGGACGGGGCGGAAAACAGUCUCCGUCGCCGACCGGUGGCUCAACCGCUGCGGAGGCGUUCGGCUCGCCCACCAGCGGCGGUAGUGAGCGGGGAGAUGGCUUAGACUCGCCAAGGAAACUCAAGCCAGUCGUAAUAGAUUCAGCGCAGGACACUCGGACUCAACUGAGGGAGAUGCGGUCGCCUCCGCGAGGGAGACGGCUCCUCGAAGUUGAUCCGUCCAGCAGCGGCGUGACGCCGUCCAGAGCACAGGCCUACGCAGAGGCCGCCGUCAACAGCAUGCUGGAGGACGUACAGGUCGGGCACUCCGUCUCGGUGGCGAGGGCCGUCGUGGACUACGAGCUGAAAGACCCCGAACGGCGGAAGGCGCUGGGUAUAGAGCGCGGGCAUCUCACGGCCGGCCCCAGGUGGUACCAGUGCCAGGAGUACCUCAUCCCGGAGUGGAGAGUGCUGCGGCAGACCGGAGUUUCCCGGGCUCGCGUGCGCCGGUCCGCCCUGCUCCUGAAGCGUAAGCUCUGCUCGGUGGAGACGGUCAUGGUAGGGCUGGAAAAGCUGUGGCACUCCGGGGUGGUUCCGGGCGACUGGGACACGGCCGCUUUCGGGGGUUCCAGCGAUGUGGUGUACGCGGACGUCCUUUUCACCGAUGUCACGACCGCCACCUUCUGGUCCACGCUGCCAAUGAGCCUAGACUCGUUCUGCUCGCACAUGGAGAGGCGCGCUAACGAAUGCAGGGAGGCCAUGCAGGAGUUCUGGCUCUCCGACGCCGCGGGUCUCGUGGGGCAAUAUGUGGGUCCCCUGAUUCAAGCCAUCCAGGCGAUGAAGGGAAACGGGGGCGGGAUGGGGGGGACAAGAGGAGCAGGAGGGUGGGACGAUGCUGGGCGGCACCUUGACGGCGCCGCAGUGCAGCUUCGACCGGGUUUCCGGGAAGAAGCAGGCGGUGACACCCAGGGAGGGGACGGGUUGGGUGGCGUCGAUGACAUAGACGCGGACGAGGAGUUCGACCAGUGGUUCGAGCAAAGUCCCGCCGCCCCGUCGGGAGAAGGGGGCCCCGGUGAACGGCGCACGAGAGGGCACAGCGCCGCGUCCGAGCGCGGCUGCAGCGGGGACGACAAGGAAGAGGCCCAGAUAUUGAUGGAGAGGAGGAUGGAGUUGGAAGCGGGGCUUGCCGGCAGCGGAGACGCGGGAAGAGGCGCGGGUGGGGGAAGUGUUGGUCUACGUGGCGGCGGCGGCGGCGGGGCGGGAAGCCGUCAUCGGCCCGGGGGGCGAACCGGGCGAGCCCCCGACCCUUUCGCCAGAUUGACGGGGAUUCUCGAGUCCGUGUCCAUGCUGAUGUCUAGACACCUUAGGGGCACCGUGGAACGCUCGCUGGGGACGUUUGUCCACCUCUUCGAGCGCGUGAGCCACCCUCACCAUUCCGGAGACGCGACGUUCGUGCUGAUGCUGCACGUCAACGAAGACGCAUUCGACGACAUCGAAGGCCGAUCUCAGGGAGCGGAUACGGAGGCCACCUGCGAGGACGGCGACGGCAAUGCUGCUGCUGCGAGCAGGAGGACGGUUAUGACGGUUGAGCCGACCCUCGAAGAGCUCCAGGGCCACGCGUGCGCCUGCAUCGACCAGGUCGUCUCCGCCAGCCAGAGGUUUCCCCGAGUGGACCAGAGCCUCGUCCCUCCGCCGCCGGAAUGCAGCACGAAGACCCUGGGCCCGUGCACGAUGGUUCUCUCGGACGAGAUAGUGGUGGACGCGAAGUCGCGCGUCCGGGCGGCGAUCGCGACCCACAUGGCGGCGCCCCUCAGGCUGCUCAAGGAGUUCGAGCCCUUCGUGGGUCUCAUGGACGGCAGCGAGGAGGCCAAGGUGCAGAAAGUUCUCGAAGAGCGCGGGCAGAUGGACUCCACCCAGGCGGGCAUCACCGCCCUCGAGGAGGUGGCGCUGAGGCUCAAGCGCCUCGCCCUGGAAAUCCGAGAGGCGGUGCCGGACCUAAACAACUACCCCAUGUUCUCGGUGAAGUGCCUCGAGGCGACCGAGUCGCUGGCGAAGAAGGCGGACGCCCUCCACACGCUCAUCAUGGAGGAGGUGGCCUCGGACAACCGGACGCACAUGGCCGCCAUCGGCAAGGAGUACCAGGAGAUGGUGAACCAGCUCGUGACCGAGCCGUCGGACUCGGCGGAGCUCAAGUCCCUGCAGGAGUACACUCGGAAGGCGCUAGAGAGGCUGGGAGGCCUGCUGGGCGAGUAUACCAACCAGGUCUACACCCGGACGAACUUCCUCCUCGACCAAGGGUUCCGCGUGUCCCGGGACGACCUCCAGCUGUUCCACACGACCUACAACUGGCCGCACAACGUCAAGACGUACCUGGCGAGGUCGGCCGAGCUCCAGCGCAGCCGCAAGCAGGACCUCGAGAUGGUCGUGGAGGGGCAGCAGGAGCAGCUCCUCCGGGAGACCGCGGCCCUGGGCAAAAAGAUCGACAAGAUAGCGGAGGCCGGGUCCCUGGUGCCGGGGGACGUGCACAACUGCGUCCGGCGCAUUGUCGCCGUGCAGGAGGCUCUCGACAGGGCCGAGGCCGAGGCCGACAGCAUCCUCGAGCAGGAGACGCUCCUCGGCAUGCCCUUGACCGACAACCUCACCCCGCUGUCAGACCUCCGGGAUUCGCUAGACCCCAUGGCGCGGCUGUGGACGACGGCCAAGGACUACCUCGACAGCCACCACACGUGGCUAGAGUCUCCGCUCCGAAACAUUGAUUCCGAAGCGGCGGAGCGGCAGGCGGAUGACCUAAUGCGGACGGCCCAGAGAUCCGAGAAGGAGCUAGCGAAGGUCGGCACAGAACGAGCUAUCCCGACUUCAGUGGCAACGGCCCUGUCCAAGGAGAUAAAAGACUUCAUCGAGGACGAGGCGCCCCUGAUGAUGCUCAUGUCCUCCCCCGGCAUCAAGAAGCGCCACUGGGACCAGAUCGUCAAGACCACGGGUAUCUCGUUGCCGUAUGAGCAGGACUUUGUGCUGAGGGACCUCCUCGACGCCGGGCUCCAGAACUUCUGCGCCGAGAUUGAGGAGACUUGCGUGGCCGCUUCCAAGGAGUACUCCUUGGAGAACAACAUGAACAUCAUGGAGGAGGAGUGGAGCGGCCUCGUGUUUGAAACGAAGGAGUACCGCACGUCCGGCACGAGGAUUCUCGCGUCCGUGGAUGAGACGCAGCAGCUGCUGGACGAUCACAUCGUCAAGACGCAGGCCAUGCGAGGAUCUAGGUACAUAGGGCCGUUUUUGGACAGAAUCGUGGACUGGGAGAAGACGCUCAACGAUCUACAGGACAUCAUGGACAACUGGCUUAAGAUGCAGGCGACGUGGUUGUACCUGGAGCCAAUCUUUUCGUCGGAUGACAUCAUGCGGCAGAUGCCUGUAGAGGGACGGUUGUUCCAGUCGGUGGACCAGACGUGGCGCGAGCACAUGCAGAAGACCUUCGAGGACCCCGCCGUCCUCUCCGUGGCCAGGCGCCAGGGCUUCCUGCAGGCCCUGCAGGACGCGAACGCGAAGCUCGACGUCAUCCAGAAGGGGCUCAACGACUACCUCGAGACCAAGCGCCUGGCCUUCCCGCGGUUCUACUUCCUCUCCAACGACGAGCUCCUGGAGAUCCUCGCCGAGACCAAAGACCCGCUCAGGGUCCAGCCGCACCUCAAGAAGUGUUUCGACGGGAUCUCGCAGCUGGAGUUCCAGCCCAACCUGGACAUCACCGCCUGCCUGGACCCCGGGGAAGAACGGAUCAACUUCCCCUACGAGCAGGUGAAGCAUGCGAUGGUGAACCCGAACAACUCUGGCGGAAACGUGGAGCGCUGGCUCGUGGAGGUGGAGAUCAUGAUGAAAAAGGGCCUAGCCUACUCCAUCGACACGUCCAUGGUUGAUCACGCGUCCUCCGACAGGUUGGACUGGGUCCAAAAAUGGCCGGGACAGGUGAUGCUGGUCGUCAACCAGCAAGCGUGGACGCAUACCCUCGAGACCGUCAUCACGCACAUGACCGAGGAUCCGGAAGCCUUGAAGAAGCACUGGGAGUUCUCCUGCGAGGAGCUGCUCCGCACCGUGGAGCUCGUUCGGACGGACAUCAACAAGAACCUGCGGACGUCCCUCGGGGCCAUGGUCGUGAUGGACGUGCACAACCGAGACACCACCGAGGAGCUCGCCUCACUCAAGAUCUCCGACAUCGGAGAGUUCGACUGGCUGGCGCAGCUCCGGUACUACUGGGAGGAGGGGGGCCAGUCUGCCUUUUCCGGAGAACCGGGCUCGAUCACGUGCAAGAUGAUCAACGCAAUCCAGCUGUACGGGUAUGAAUACCUUGGAAACAACGGCCGGUUGGUCAUCACGCCCCUCACGGACAGGUGUUACCGCACACUCAUGGGAGCGAUCCACCUUAACCUCGGCGGAGCCCCCGAGGGUCCCGCGGGUACCGGCAAGACAGAGACGACGAAGGAUUUGGGCAAGGCCAUCGCCAUCCAGUGCGUGGUCACCAACUGUUCCGAUGGCCUGGACUACUUGGCCAUGGGGAAGUUCUUCAAAGGCCUUGCGUCCUCCGGCGCGUGGGCCUGCUUCGACGAAUUCAACCGCAUCCAGCUCGAGGUGCUCUCGGUGGUGGCGCAACAGGUGCUGUGUAUUCAGCAGGCCAAGGCGAGAGGCCUCAAACGCUUCGUCUUCGAAGGCACGGAGCUUAACCUCGUGCACACGUGCUGCCCGUUCAUCACCAUGAACCCGGGGUACGCCGGCCGGGCCGAGCUCCCCGACAACUUGAAGGUGCUGUUUCGGACGGUGGCGAUGAUGGUGCCCGACUACGGCAUGAUCAGCGAGAUUAUCCUGUACUCGUUCGGGUACACGGACGCGAAGAAAAUGUCGGUCAAGAUCGUCACCACGUACAAGCUCUGCUCCGAGCAGCUCUCCUCGCAGUCGCACUACGACUACGGCAUGCGCGCGGUGGUGGCCGUGCUGCGCGCCGCGGGGAACCUGAAGCGCUCCGACGCCCACCUCCCGGAGGACAUCUUGGUCCUGAGGUCGAUCAUAGACGUGAACUUGCCCAAGUUUCUGUGGUUCGACGUCCCUCUGUUCAACGGCAUCGUAUCAGACCUCUUCCCCGGCGUGAAGGUGCCCGACCCGGACAGGGACGCCAUGCGAAAAGCGUUCAACGACGGGUGCGACCACUACAACCUCCAGCCGACGGCGUACUUUUGGGAGAAGGUCGUGCAGAUCUACGACAUGAUGGUGGUCCGCCACGGCUUCAUGAUCGUCGGGCUGCCGUUCUCGGGCAAGACCAUGGCGUGGAAGGUGCUGGCGUUCGCCCUCGGUCUCCUCCACACGAGAUACCCCGAGGAUGUCCGCUGGUCUAAGGUGAUACCGUUCCUGAUGAACCCCAAGUCCAUUGCGAUGGGGCAGCUGUACGGCCAGUUCGAUCCCACUUCGCACGAGUGGACGGACGGAGUCCUCGCCAUUCAGUACCGGAACGCCGCCUCGAAUAAGGCGUUCGCAGUCAUGCAUCACGGCCUCAUGCAUGGCAACAUCCCCUUGAGGUCCUUCGACGAUACCGGACAGGUGGGCGAACCGGGAGACCGCAAGUGGAUCCUGUUCGACGGCCCUGUGGAUGCCAUUUGGAUCGAAAACAUGAACACCGUUCUCGACGACAACAAAAAGCUGUGCCUCAUGAGCGGAGAGAUCAUCGCCAUGUCUGGCGUGAUGUCCAUGAUGUUCGAGCCCAUGGACCUUCUUGUAGCUUCCCCAGCCACCGUCAGCCGUUGCGGGAUGAUCUACAUGGAGCCAGAAAAGUUGGGGUGGCAACCUAUCCUGGACUCCUGGAUCAGACGUCACCAAGUGAAGGAUAUCUCCGCUUUGGAGAAUGGGGCACCGGGUGGAGCAGGGGACGACGCUGCCGCCACCGCCGAGCCAUCCGCCGCCAACGGGCCGACGAAGUUCACCCUGACAGCGAACGAGUGCCUUCUGGUGCGCGAGCUGUUCGCCUGGCUGGUGGAGCCAUGCCUGGCGUUCUUGCGGAGGGAGGUGUCUGAGAUGGUGCCAACCGUAGACACAAACCUGGUGCAGUCCCUCAUAAACAUCAUGGAGUGCCAGCUAGAAGAGGCAUUCGAGGCGACCCGGGGGGGAGGGGCAGGGGGCCGCAAGCAGUCUUUAUCGAAGUCGAAGGCCUCCGCGGGUGCCGAGGAAGCAGAGGCCAUGGACCCAAAGACGCUUGCCAUGCGCGCGAAGCACGUAGAGUGCUGCUUUAUGUUCGGCCUGGUGUGGUCGCUAGGCAGCACCGGGGUCGAGGCCGGUCAGAAGGCGUUCUUGGAGUUCCUGGACAACAUCGUCGCCGAUCUGGGAGUGAUCGAAAACGAGUGGGAAGGGGUUAACAACGCGCUUCAGGUCCGAAAAUGGAGCCCACCGAACUUCGCCGAGAAGGGAAGAGCGUUCUCCGGAAAGCUCUCCAAUCCGUGCCCGGUACGGGACGGCGGUCCUCGAGCGCACUUCUACAACCCAUCGCGGGGGGAGUGGGUCCAGUGGGUGAACAUGCUGCCGGAGCUUCAGAUCCCCGACGCGGCCACGAUGGGAGACAUCGUCGUGCCGAACGCCUACACGGCCCAGUACAACUCCCUUUUGACCCUUCUGUUGAACCGCGACAAGAAGACGAUUGUGUGCGGGCCGACGGGUACCGGCAAGUCGACAUAUGUUUUCAAGACCAUCACUCAGGAGCGGGUGAUUAACAGAACCGUGUACCCGGUCCUUGCACAGGCACUGCCCCAGGACAAGUUCAAGCCUCUGACUCUGGGGUUCAGCGCCAAGACAAGCGCAAACAUGACGCAAGAUAUCAUUGACGGAAAGCUCGACAAAAGGCGCAAAGGUGUGUACGGUCCGCCCAUGGGGCAGACCGCCAUCAUAUUCGUGGACGAUCUCAACAUGCCUGAGGUGGAGACCUACGGGGCUCAGCCCCCGCUCGAACUCCUCCGGCAGAUGAUUGACAACGGCGGCUGGUACAACCUUAAGGACAUGACGUGGCAGACAAUUGUGGACACCGUUGUUGUCGGCGCGAUGGGACCUCCUGGCGGGGGUAGGAACCACAUCACCCCGCGGCUCCUUCGGCACUUCAACAUUCUCUGCUUCCUUGAGUUCGACGACAGCACUCUCACGAGAAUCUUCAAGACCAUCGUGGAUUGGCACUUCAAUCUCAACAAGUGUUCGGCUGACAUCAAGGCGACCACCGGGGCUAUUGUUGGAGCCACCCUGGACACUUUCCGCUCCGCGACGAAGAACCUUCUACCUACUCCUACCAAGAGCCACUACACCUUCAACCUCCGUGACUUCAGUAGGGUGAUUCAGGGCGUCCUGAUGGUGAAACCGAAAGACGGGUUCGGCAAAGCAAACAUGGUGCGGCUUUGGGUGCACGAGUCGCUCCGUGUUUUCGGGGACCGAUUGGUGGAUGACCCGGAUCGGGAGUGGUUCCUCCAGCACUUGAACGGCAUGAUCUCUACCCAUUUUGGGACGAAGCUGUACGAAGCCUGCAAGCACCUGGACAUCGAGGGAGAGGGGUCCAUCACAACGGGGCAGCUUCGCAAGCUUUUUUUCGGUGACUACACCGCACCAGAGGGAGCAGACCCUAAGCCGUACGACGAGGUGUCGGACUUGGAUCAGCUGCAGGAGAGGAUGGUGCAGUCCCUCAGCGACUACAACGCGCGCUCGCGGAAGCCGAUGGACCUCGUGAUGUUUAUGUUUGCGGUGGAACACGUCAGCCGUCUCGCUCGGUGA